CAGACGUCGUCCGGCUGCGCGACGGGACCGCGGCCGCGGGGAGCUGCGAGUCCGCACGGCGACCGGGUGAGGCGGCUCGGGCUCCCCGCGUGCCCCGACCCCCCGGCGGCUGCCUCUCCCCGCGCGGCUUCUCCUUCCCGCAGCCAGAGCCCGCCCCGCCCCGCUGCGCGCCGCGCCGCGCCGAAAUGCUCUUCCCGCCCGGGGUCGCGGCCCGGGGUCCCCUGCGGCCGUGAAGGCGGUUUCUCAGCCCGAGAGAAUGGCCACCAAUCCAGGAAGUGAUGUCACUUUGGCCAAUCAGAAAUCAGUGCCUUCAGAGAACCUUCGAACAAAGAAACUUCCACUAUCUGAAGAGGAGGUUUUUUACAUGAAUUGUAGAGCUGCCUACUUAACUGUCUUCAAAAGCAGCUUAGAAAACAUUAUUUCUAAAGAUCAACUUUGCCUAGCUCUUCAGCAUGCAGGAAGAAGUCCAUCCCAGAAGACUGUUAAUAAGUACUGGACUCCUCAAACUGCCAAACUGAAUUUUGAUGAUUUCUGUGUAAUUUUAAGGAAGGAAAAGCCUACUUCAAAAGCAGAACUGCUAAAAUCAUUUAAACAAUUAGAUGUAAAUGAUGAUGGCUGUAUUUUGCACACCGACCUUUAUAGAUUUCUAACAAAGAGAGGGGAGAAGAUGACUCCGGAAGAAGCCAGUACUAUAAUAAAUUUGCCUGAUGUAAAUGCUGAUGGAAAAUUUGACUAUAUUAAGUUUUGUAAAUUAUAUAUGACGACCAGUGGGCAGUGUCUCAAGACUGCACUAGAAAAGCUGCAGGUUGACAGUAAACUGAGGCGUCAACAGUUUGGAAGCCACAUGGAAGGGUUCUCUGAAAGGGGCCCAUCGCCAAUUCCAAAGCCUCCACCUAGAAUCAUAAGAAACAGUGACCAGGAAGCGUUCUCCAAUAAAGGUGACACCAGGGCUUCUUUACUGUCAACAGCUAGAAAGUUCAAAGCCUCCGUUUCCUGCACAAUUUCCAUGGCUGCUAACAGUAACCGAAACUCCACAUUAAUUGAGCCAAAUCUAAAGGACUGGCCCUGUGUGCGGGCCCGAGGCUGCUUCUUCCUAGAGGAUGACGGGGACACCGUGAGCCACCAGUACCGGAUGCACAUCUCUCAGAGGUCUCUGGCUCACCUAACAAUCAAGCCGCUGAACCUGACUCAGGUCGAAGGAAAAGUGUCCCCUUGGUUAUCAGUUGAUACUGCACUGUAUAUUCUUAAGGAAAAUGAGAAUCAAGCAGACUUCCAGCUCAUAUGUCUUACUGAACUGCAAAACAGAGAAGUGUUCGGGUGGACCGGUGAGCUGGGCCCUGGCGUUUACUGGCUAAUUCCUUCCACCACGGGCUGCCGGCUGAAGAAAGAGAGAAAACCAGUAACAGAGGAAGCCCAGCUUGUAUGCAGAGACCAAAGUGGCGAAUUAUUUCUUACGCAAGCAUUUAGGGCAGCUCUCUCAGACGUGUUCGACAUGACGGACUUGGACGGAAACAGCCUCCUCAGCCUGGAGGAGUACAACUUCUUCGAGCUGAGAACAAGCGGCGAGAAGUGUGACGAGGAGGCCUGGCUUCUGUGCAGAGAGAAUUUUGAGAUGAAGGAGAAUGAAUUGACCAGACAAGGAUUUAUGGACUUGCACCUCAUGGAAGCCAACGACCGCGAAGGAGACCCCCGAGACCUCUGGGUGACGCUGUGCUCCCUGGGCUACAACCGAGCUCUGGAGCUGACUGAGGCAUGUCCGUUUGUCAUAGACCUCCACACAGAGAGAUGCAAGCCAAGGGUGAAGGCUGUCAGGAUGGAGGCGAGCAGGGGGCAGCUUGAGAAGGCCACUUGUCAGUCUGUCCUCCUCAAGGGUGAGGCCAGAGCCAUGGACGAUGAUGAAAAGAUCCUCGUCUACACUCGCAGCUGGGACUUCCGGAUAACGUCAGUCAUUGAAAAUAAGUCAGACAGCGAGGUGAUUAUUCAUGUCAACAAUGAGCUGAGCAAGAACUGCGUCAACAACAGAGGACUCCCCGUAUUUGCCGUGGAAGUGGCACCACAGUCUACCAUGGUCUGCCAACACGUCAUGCCUGUGGACAGGCGGCAGGAGUGGGCGCACCACUGCGUGUACUCCCUCGUCUAGCGGCGGCAGGAGUGGGCGCACUGCUGGGUGUAUUCCCUCGUCUAGCUGGGGGCAGCGCCAGGCGGCGCUGUUUAGGUUUGUCCGCUACUUGUUUAUUAACCAUGUGUUGUUCAACUUAACUAUUUACCUUAUUAAUAAUCUAAUAUGUAUGCAUUUAUAUUUACAUGUUACAUACUUUAAGAUUAAAGUAUAAAGAAUGUUCUUAGUC